AUGACUACCACUCAGCACUUGAAGCGGAGAAUGCCUUCUGCCGUUAGACUGUCGGCACGACGGGCACCGCUCUCCGCCGCCAAGGCCGUCGCCAGCGGCCAAACACUCCACGGCAUGGACAUUUCAUCAGUGGCAAAUCAACACUUAACAAACGCCCAAGAGCUGCCCAUCAUGGGCUUACGGCUGGUCGACUCGCAAGACACAAGACCUCGACUGUCCGCUCCCACACAUCCUACAUCUGACUGCCCAACGCACACCAAACGCCUGUUCAAAGAGACUAUUUCCUUGCAUGCCAUCAACAGACGACCGGGCGCUUGGCCCUGGCUCUUGGGCCAUUCAAAGUUUGGCCCCAGGAACUUUGGCAAGCCCACGUUCAAGGCACCCAUGCCUUGGGAAUUGACACAACAGAAAGGCUGCACCUUUGCUGGGCAUGUCUCACUCACCCAAUACCCCUUUGCUCGUACUUUCCUCUCGCUUUCAGUCCGACAAGCGUUUGGACGGCUGGCAGGUUGUCGUGACCCCAUCUUCGAACAUGUCGCUUCCCUCGAGCCGCAAGCUGCAAAAGCCAUGGUCUAUCAGGAGUCGAUCCAGGAAUGGUUUCGACAACGGAGUGCUGGCUGCGACACCAAGACACAUGCCCUUGUGAUGAGGCCUUCGACCAUGGACAAGGACCCAAGGCUCACUGGCACUCUCGCCACCGGCCUGUCGUUCGACCAGUGGUUUUGGUUUGAGAUGCCACCUUGAG